AUGGACGUCGCCUACAACCAACACGCCGACCGUGCUCGCCGCAAGAACCGCUCCUCCACUAGCAUCAACCACCUCUCCCUGGCGCCCCUCACGCCCAAACUCCCACUCAACGACGACGACCUCAUCGCCGACGCCCUUGCUGCUGCCGACGCCCAGUCGUCCAUCCCCCGUUCCGUCUCGUACCUCCAGGGCAAGUCUGCGCCGACCACUCCACGACUCCUCUCGCAAUCGCCCACUGCUCCGCGUUCGCGGUCCCACCAACGCACUCCCUCGGCUCCUAGCGGCGGUUUCGGCAAAAGCCAGUCGGCAUCACAUCUCGGUACCGCACCAACUGCCCGCAAGUCAUACUCAGGCCGCGCGACGCCCAGCAACCGACGGACUCACAAGGAUGACGCUCUAGGCUUUGGAUUGCGACAUCACAAUGACAGCGAUUGGUUGCUCCGUACGGGAGCCCUGAUGAGCUACGAAGCCCGCGAGUCCAAGGGCCAGGCAUGGCUUGUUUCUCGUCAGAGCUCAACUAGCCUCACUGGUAUGCACGACCGAGACGAUGAAGUCUUUGAGAGCGAACUUGCCCGGGAGCGUGGCAUCACCUCUGCAAGCCGCCACAACAGCCGCCGUGGCAGCACUGUUCCUAGUGACGAGGAUGCAUCCCCCUACGCCAGCCGCUUCCCUAGCCGCUCCCACAGCCUGUCCCGUCCUCGGAGUCAAUUCAUCACCCCUCUCGAACGCCCCGGAACUAGUGGCGGGUUUGAGGCCGAGUGCGAUGACUCUUAUUUUCCCAACCAGGAUCUUCCCGGCCCAGAUUUUGUCAACCUUGACGAAAGGCUCGAGGAGCUUGAGCUUGAGCGUGACACGAGCCAGGAUGAUGAAGUUGCCGUACAGCGUCUCGUGCGGCGCGGACAGGCUCGGGCCGGAACCUGGUUUGGGAAUGUGUGGUCCCUCUUCGCUGUAGACGAGAACGAUGAGGAGUCGGAUAGUGAGGAUGAUUCCUCCCCUACCGAUGGUUCCUCAAAUUUCAGCCGUUCUCGAAGUUUGUCAUCCCGUAACCUGGCGGGCAUCUCAACUGUUCCUCAAGAACGCAUUCCUCCUCCUGGAGCUGACGACGGGAGUUGGAGAGACGCAGCCUGGUUACUUAGCGUGGCGUCCAAGGUGAUGUUCUAA